AUGACGGCACGCCGUCUAUUUAAGUCGAAGAAGCAAGAAAUGCUUGCUUUGGCAGCUGCACGUGCUGCUGAGGCUAAGCGUCAGGCCGAAGAGGCUAAGCGCCGUGAGGAAGAAGCUCGACUGGCUGCUGAUAUCGCUCGUCGCGAAAGCAAGAGGCUAUAA